AAUUGAUGUUGAUAAAUUCAGACAGAGGGAAGUGUGGUGUUUCUGUGUGCACUGAACGUCCUGGUGCACCGACGAAUCGCAAGCGCUUUCAUCAACAGUAUCCACUCGCCGCAUUGGCUCUCUCACCAAUCCUGAUUCCCAAACAUCGAGCAGAGCCGCUGAGAAGGAAAACAACAUGUCUGUCUAGACCUGCAGGAACCGUGUGCACAGAGGCUUGACUGCCCCCGCUAUGGCCGGUUUAAGAUGAUAUGAGCUUCGCUGGACUUGGUCGUGGGCGCGCUGCUGAAAAUGAUGCUCGGUGGAUUUUAAGCGCGCCGCGCGCAUCUAACCAGGAAACAUGGCGACCAUGCGGGUGCUGACGGCGUGCGGGCUGCUGCUGGCCUUCUGCGCGCUGGCGCUGCUCGCCGUAGCCAUGAGCACGGACUACUGGUACGAGACAGACGCCCGUCGCCACCGCGAGCGUUGCAAAAAAUACGCGGGCAAGCGAACUGACCCGGGAUACAUCUACAUUUCUAGUCAGAACCUGCCGCUCCGCAUGCUACCCCAGCGGCCAGAGCGUGGCGGCGUUUUACUGAGGGAAAGGCGCGAUCUGCUUUCGCCUUUCUCGGCCAUGGAGUCGCGCUGCAGUCGUAGGUUCAACUCGACGGCCACGGGCCUGUGGCGGAAAUGCCACAGAGAGGGCUUCGAUCAGGAGAACGAGGAACUCAUCUUUAAAGGUUUGCUCCAGCGCUGUACACCAGUGAAAUAUUAUUAUUCCUCCUCAAAUAUUCCACGCAAUCUUCCUGUGAACAUUACGAAGACAAUACGGCAAGACGAGUGGCACGCUCUCCAUUUGCAGAGGAUGACUGCAGGGUUUAUAGGCAUGGCUGUGUCCAUCAUCCUGUUCGGCUUGAUGAUUGGUGUGCUAGGCUGCUGUAAGCACAAUGAACUAAUGCAGUAUGUAGCAGGCCUGCUCUUCCUAAUGGGAGGAACCUGCUGUAUCAUCUCGCUCUGCACAUGUGUGGCUGGGAUUAACUUUGAGCUGUCUCGCUACCCACGCCAACUGUACAGGCUUCCUGAGGACAUCAGUCAUGGCUAUGGCUGGUCCAUGUUCAGCGCAUGGGGUGGUCUGGGCCUCACGUUGCUAGCUGGAUUCCUUUGCACAUUGGCUCCAUCGCUUCACAGCCCUCAGACCACCACUGUACACAAACCACGGCAGGAGAACGGCAUGGUGUGACGGACGUAACAAACGCACACACAGACGAGUACAUAAACCCACAGAAAUACAUAUCACAGGUUGCCAGACAACACCUUUACAACCAUGUGCAUGUAUGUCAUGGAAAGACAGACUGGAGGAUUUAAUUUCAUAGAAGCACAUGCACACACACAUGCUUGCACAUGUAUACACUUUUACAGAGCAUACAUCCUGUAUGAGUCACUCCAGGCUCCUGUGCACCUCUUCAAAACAUAACAGCCUGAGUAAGUUUAUAGAAAUGAUGAACGGAGAAAAGAAACAAAGGAAAAUAUGGAAGCAAAAAAAGGAACCUGCCAUAUAUUUGGUGAGAAAUGAAUUUAAACAAAAGAGAAGAGCACAAGAUGAGAACAAUAUUCAGUCCCAAUCUAUCAUUGGGAUUGUCUUUUAUUCUAAAUGUUUUUCUGUUUACAUGAUCUCUCUCUCUCUCUCUCUCUCUCUCUCUCUCUCUCUCUCUCUCUCUCUCUCUCUCUCUCUCUCUCUCUCUCUCUCCUUUCUUAUUCUGGGUCUUGCUUCUCAAUGUCCUUCUGCCCUUCUUCUCAUUGCUUUCUUUCAUAUUCCUAAAGGAUCUGAAAAACUUUUAGUUAGGUAAAAUGUUAUGUCUUGGCGUGUCUUGGCGUUGCCUGCUGCGUAGAAAAGAGGAAAAGAAACAAACAAAAGAAACACUAUUUCAAGUGUCUUCCUGUACAUGUUAUUACAUUUGUGGUUUCAGCAACUUUAUGACAAAAAGAGAGCAAGAGCACAAAACACAGAAGGGAAAUAGCUUUGUGGAGGUGAACCUUUAUCCUGAUACAGUGACUAUGUACCACAGACUUGAAAUUGGUUGUAUGAAAGAUAAUUUGAUGGAAUUGAAAAGCAGUAUUAUAAGGCUUUGAAAAGAUGAGAAUUGUUUUGACAAGAUUUAUUGAGACUUUUAUCUAAUAAAAAUGGUCAAAACCAUCUAUUUGUUGUCAUCAUGAAGAGAAUGUUGUAAUCAUGUACACGAGAAAUGUAUGAAUGUUAUAAAAGAUAAAUGCCAAAUCAUGAAUUGAGCACAUACUGUCUCCUUGUACAUUUAUAAGAAA